GCCGCUGUGCUGCUGGCUUAGCUCGGACGUGCUGUGAGCCUUCAGUUCCGCAGACCUGACCAUGUCUCACAUCAGGUCCGCCUUCCCCCUGCCCAGCGACGCCCCCUCCAGCCUGGAGAGCCGGAGAACGCUGAAAACUCCCUCCUCGACUUCCAAAGAGGAGCUGGUGCUCCCAGAACUGAAGGAGAAGAGCAUGGAGGUGGCCCGUUCCAGACCCUUCCCUCCCCCGCUUCAGAAUGACUCCAUCCCGGGGGAGAUUCUGCAGUCUCUCACCGCCACCGCCAACGCGGGACCCUGUCCCGAGUACCUCCUGCCGUCCAAGAAGCUGAAGCCCCCCCAGGGUAUCCUGGCUCGGAAGGCGGAUGCUGUCUGGCAACAUCCCCUUAGAAGGACUAAACUCAAGUACAUGCUUGACCAACCCAUUUCCCUCAGCGGUGCUGGAAGGGAUAUUUCUUUUCUGUACGAUGUGAAGUACGUGAAGGGGGAAGCCAGAGAGAAGGUCCUGUGCCCGCCUCAGUCCCAGCACUCACUGCAACCAUCCGAGGGUGCCAUGGUGCCCCACAAGCACCAUCAUCGCUCCAGACCGUCAUCAUCAAAAGUCAAAAUCGUCGAGGAUUACCACGAGCUGUACUCGAUGCAGAGACAGCGGCUGGAGAACUGCAUCAAAGACCUGAUGUCCGAGAGGGACACGUGGAGCAUGGCCGCCUACGACCUGGCCCUCAAGUUAAUUUCAAGAAAUCAUGUCGUACUGGCCAAGACGCUCUACCUGCACGAGAAAAGCUGGCACCAGCACGCGAAGCACUUCAUCAUCCUGCUGUGCAGCCAGGACACCGCGGACCUGGCGCUACUGCAGAAGUUGACCGGGAGUUGGCGCGCGUCGGCGAGGAAGUUCCUGCAGGAGGUGGAGCAGGAGGAGGCGGGCGCCCGGCGCAGCGUGGAAGCCGUGCAGGGGCCGGCCUGGAGCGCUGGCGGGACGCGCUUCAGUCCAUGUGCUAUGAGCGGAGGGCUGGUCCCCACCAAGCAGGACCUCCUGUCAAUCACGGAAGACUUCAAGGCGUGGCGGAAGAUGCUGUUGGACAUGAAGAACAGCAUCUCGGGGGAGGCGCUGUCCUCCAAGUACGACUCGUUGAGAAUCAUCCGGCACGUGGAGGACAACUGGGUGGACGUCAGCUGCAAGAUCCUAUCCCGCCACCGGGAUCUGACCGGGAAGAUGCCCACGGAGCACAGCAACAUGCAGGACAUCCUCAAGCUCACGGAGCAAUUCCACGGCGAGUUGGAGCUCAGGAUGAGCGGGAACAACGGUGUUUCUUGGGUUCUCUCCAGGAUGAUGAAUACUCUGGAACACUGUUUGUUCAAGAUCAAAGCGUUAACGAAGGCGUCUGAAAUUCUGACUUCGGAGUGCGAGGACCUUUACCAGAGGAUCUGUGAGCUGCUGUCCCAGCUCGAGACCUUCUUCACCGUCCUGGGGAGUGUUUCUGAGGUUUCCGGCCAAUUUUCUGGAUUGGUCCUUCAGAUGGUCAUAUUCAACAUGAUCAAACAGUGGCUUUUGAAGAUGGACACCGAGAUCAAAAACGGCAGCAGCGAACUCCAGCACAGCACGGAGGAACUGCACCUGAGCAUGAUCCGCUGGAUGAUCAACCUGCUCAUCGUGAUGGUGCCGCCCUCCGUGGACCAGGACACGGUGCCCAGGACCGAGGAGGGGCCCGAGAAACGCAGCCUGGGCCUGGCCCAGCUGGAGCUGGAGGCCGUGGAACUCACCAAGCGGCUGUACCGGUUCUGCACCCACCUGACCAGCUGUUGCAAAGGUUUGGUGAUGACUGUCCCCACCAAGGACCUGGCCGAGCUGACCCUGAUGAAGAGAGAGUGCUACGAGUGGAUCCAGUGCUGCGGCUCGCUGCUGUCGGCGCUCAGGUGCUCCCGAGUGAAGCUGCUGAAGUCCGCGGAGAAGGUGGUUCUGCUGGAGGAAGAGAGUAUGGAUGAAGAACUCUUUGAACCUCCAAUAUACAAGCCUCUCAUUGACAUAGACCUGGAGGGAGAGGAAGAGGAGGAGGAAAGUGAGGAGGAGGAGGAAAAAGGGGAGGAGGAGGAGGUGGAGGAGGAGAAAGAAGAAAAAGAGAAAAAAGAAGAGGAACCGUCCACGUUUGCCCAGGAGGAACCGGUCAUUCGAUUCGUGGGCAGAGACGACAAUGUCCACGCGAAGCCUCUGUUUGAAGAACCCAUGCUGACGUCCUGGAGAGACUCGGCCCAGCAAGGGACCCUGGCCCAGAAGUACCUCGAAGCCAUGCACAUCAUUGAGCGUGCGCAGGAAAAGCUCAUGCAAGUGGAGACCCGGGCCAAACAGGCCGAGGAGAACUUUGAGGAGGUGACCCAGAAGCUGCACUGCACCCUCAUGCGGAACCAGGAGCUGGAGCGGGAACUGCAGCUGCACGCCCGGAGGGAAGGAAGGAAAGAAAAAGAAAGAAAGAAAGAAAGAAAGAGAAAGAAAGAAAGAAAGAAAGAAAGAAAG